UAUUGCUGGACAGAUUCAGUGACACACACGGACAAAAUUCGCAUGCACACACGUGUGAUGCAAUGUCAUGUCUGCAACAAAGUUGACGUGAUCGAGAGGACAAGGGCAGAGAGACGCGCUGGCUAUUUACAGAGCAUGCAAUCAAUAAAUGAUGGAUGGACUUGGUCAAAACGGAAGAAAACAAUCGUCUGGGGCCUCUGCACAGCCAUCCAUUCUCCCGCCAUUCACCACCUCAUGUGCCCCCGCUGGGUGGUCAUCUCAAUCAUCGGCUGCUCGGCCUGCACACACACGUCAUGCGCCAAACAAAGUGCCCCCCAUCUACAGCACACUGGCCGCCCUUGUGUUGUACCUACCGCUUCGUCGAACUCGGGUGACGUUUUGAGUAGUUCCAUCAUGGCCUCCCUGACCUUGUCCUUGAGGAUCUCGACCUUCUGCUCGUGCGAUAUCUCCGUCACCUCCAUGCCGUCAAGCCCCUCCUGAGAUUCCAGCGGCAGCUCGGACGGCUCACUCCAACUCUGACACACACACGGAGAGAGAUGAGCGUAUACAGGUUUCCGUUUUGUGCUGUUGUGUUGAAGCUGACUGACCUCUGGGGCUAUGGGGUCUCCGAUGGCCACGUAGCACGUCCCCGGCGACGCGAGGUACGACCCCAGAGGCCAUAUCUUGGGCGUGCUGUGCACGACUGACGCACACACACGCAGACACACACAGCAAGCCAUGCGAAAAGGGUGGGUGGACACAUUCUCUCCAGUCGCCUGUCGCGUACCCAUGGGCAGUAUCUCGAGGUGCUCGUCGACGGCGAAUCUGAAGAAGCCAUCCUUGAACAUCUGCAACCGGCCCGUCGUGCUCCGUGUGCCCUCGGGGAAUGUCACUAUGCCGAUCCGCAGGUCGAGAAGCUGCCUGCAUCGCUGAUAUUGACGCGCACACACACCCAGAGAUGGCAUCAAUCAUGCCUGCCGGACAACUCGCCACGGGUGUGUGUGUCUUAUCGCAUACAUCGAACAUCUUCUUGACCGUUCCCGGCUCCGUACCAAAACCACCUGCACUCGCACACACAUGGACAAACACAGACAUACGCCGAUAUCAUCUGCCCCCCGACGUUCCCUCGCUCCCUCUGUUACCCUUUGAUUUGUUGAAGUAGAUGGGCACGUCGCCCGACAGCCGGAGUGCCCACCCCAGUAUGGGCACCUGCCGCAGCGACGAUUUGUAGACGUACUUGAGGGGCCAGGGGUACAGGCAGUAGUUGGUGAUCCAUGGGUCUGCGCCAGACAGGUGGUUGCACAUGACCAGAGUCCGCGAUGGGCAGUAACCCCGGGGCGCCCUGCGGAUCACCUUGACGCGCCAAAAUGGGCUCAGAAGGAUGGCCACUGAGAGAGGACAGAAAGCGCAAGGAGCACAACACAACCAAUGCAUGCAUCUCCUCUCUCUGCGUGCUUUCCUUACAGAAGCUCCCCCCGCGCAUCAGGUGGCCCAUGAGCAGCUCCUUGAGCCUCGCAUUACAGAUGAAGCACAGCAGGCAGAGCGCCCAGAAGGCCAGCUGCAGCACCAGGCUCACGAAGCCGAACAGAAACAUCAGAAGAAACAUCCAUGCCGUUGCCACCACCCGCACUGUCUUAGAGAGGCAGGGGUCACCCUCGGGCACCAUUUUCAGUGUCCAGCGCUUCUGCUACAAGCUCGCGCUUCGG